CCAGAAGUUCCUGAUGCUGGAUGAGAUCAUAAAGAGCCCCGCUGCCCCCCCACAGGAGGAGAAUGAGGACGCCUCAGUGGAGAUGCAGGACCUGGUGUGCUACUGGGACAAGGGUCUGGAUGCUCCAUCUCUGCAGAACCUCUCCUUCUCUCUGAACUCAAAGAAGCUGUUGGCUGUGAUUGGACCAGUGGGAGCUGGAAAGUCCUCUCUGUUGAGCACCAUCCUGGGAGAGCUGCCCAACGAAAAGGGGACUCUGAAGGUCAAAGGUCAGCUGACGUACGCCGCCCAGCAGCCCUGGGUGUUCCCCGGAACGAUCCGCAGCAACAUCCUGUUUGGGAAGGAGCUGGAGCCCCAGAAGUACGAGAGAGUCCUCCGAGCCUGCGCCCUGAAGAGGGACAUGGAGCUGCUCCCAGAUGGAGACCUGACACUGAUCGGGGACAGAGGGGCCACCCUCAGCGGGGGACAGAAAGCUCGGGUCAACCUGGCCAGGGCUGUGUAUCAGGACGCAGACAUCUACCUGCUGGAUGACCCUCUGAGCGCCGUGGACGCAGAGGUGGGGAGACACCUGUUUGAAAAGUGUAUCUGCGGUCUGCUGAAGAACAAGCUUCGUGUCCUGGUAACCCACCAGCUUCAGUACCUGCAGGCAGCCGACCAGAUUAUCGUCCUCAAGGAGGGUCACAUGGUGGCUAAGGGGACGUAUGCAGAGCUGCAGCGGUCGGGGGUGGACUUCACCUCCUUGCUGCAGCAAGAGGAAGAGGAGGAGCAGCAGCCGGCUCCUCAGGAAGUGUUUGUGAGGAAGAGAACUCUGUCCCAGAACUCUGCGCUCUCUCAGUCGUCCUCCGUGCUCUCGGUCAAAGACGGAGACCAUUUACCGGCAGAGGCUGUGCAUAUGGUAGCAGAGGAGAGCGCUCAGGGAAACAUCGGAGCCGGUCUGUACGUGAAGUACAUGAGAGCUGGAGCCAGCGCAGUGCUUCUGAUCUUCCUCAUCCUGGUCAACAUUCUGGCUCAGGUGGCAUACGUUAUGCAGGACUGGUGGUUGGCUCAUUGGGCCGACGAGCAAGGGAAGCUGCUGGUGAACGGCACCGUCAUCCAGGACGGAAGAAACGUCACGGUGGAGCUGGACACGACGUUCUACCUGGGCAUUUACGGAGGUUUGACGGCGGCCACCAUCCUGUUCGGUUUUGUGAGGAACAUGGUCAUGUUCCACGUGCUGGUGAAGAGCGCACAGGCUCUGCACAACCGCAUGUUCAACUGCAUACUCAGGACGCCCGUGCGCUUCUUUGACGUCAAUCCCAUCGGAAGAGUUUUAAACAGGUUUUCAAAGGACAUGGGCCAGCUGGAUUCUAACAUGCCGUGGACUAUGGUGGACUUUAUUCAGGUGAAGAGUGGUCUCACGGCAGCGAACAUGGGGGCCGUUUAGUAUAUCUUUGUACGG